UAUUUGGAUUUCUGCGGAUAUAUCCGACUUCUUGACCUUAACUAGUACACAUUUAUUGCAUUUGUUUUUACCAUUAAAAGAUAAUAAAAUAUUUUCAGACAAUGGUUCCUUCUACCUCAAACAAUCAAUUAGGCAACGAUAAAAAAUUUUUGAUUGGAGGUAUUUGUGAAAAGUUAACAUUUUAUUUUUCUUGUAUUUUUAGUCGGAUCACUUAGUAUUGUUGUUAUGCUUGGUGCCAUAUUACUUUGUGUCUUUUUUAAACGCCCACAUCAGAUUUGUGCUCAAAUGGCAGCAGCGGCAGCUGGAGGAGGUCAAGGAGGGACAAUUGGACAAUCAUCUACUAAUGGCCUAAAAUCUGGAUAUACACCAAUUCCUCCUAAUGAAUUCUCUCCCCAGGUUCAGCACCAUCAAAUGAGAGAAUUCGAAAGUAAUAAUAACGGAGUUGGUGCUCAUGUUGGAACUCUUGUGGGUUCAACCCAAAGUUUAUUACGUAAUGGAAGUGGAACAAUAGGGAAUGGAAACAGCGCUUCGGAUGUUGGAUUUACUGAAAGAUCUGGUGCAAGAUUCACAACAAUAUUAGCUCAAGAUAAUGGAAGAACUCCACGAGAAACAAUUGCAAUUUCAAGAGAAGCUCAACAACCUAAAAGAGAAUUUAAAGAGUGGUAUGUCUAG